AUGGGCUCGGAACAGAGUUCGCAAUCAAACGCCUCCGAAUCGGGCUCGAAAAAUCCAAAACUGAAGAGGGGCAAAUCGGUGCCCGAGAGUUCUUGGCCUCGAAAUUCGCAGGAUGGUCAGCAUAGCAGGGCGGCCAGCACAAACACAUCACCCGGCCACAGCGUGUGCAGCGACGUUGACUUGCCGUACAUAUCGUACAUGGUCAACAGGCCGAUUGGAGAUUCGCCGAAGAAACCCAGCAUAAUGAGCCGAGGCAGAUCAAUGCAGGUGGAACCUCAGCGAUCCGUGAAGAAGACCCCAAAGCAUACGCCUAAGCACAACAUUGUGGUGGUCAGGGCGGCUGUACAAGAAAACCCGGACAUGGACGAAGACCUGUAUCGAAUGAAGCAAGUACCAUCAUUUUUGCCAAUAAUACGAGGCACUGUAUCUUUGCCAGCAGCCAGAGAUCGAGAAGCAUUAGAGAGAAUCGAUUCCAAUGCAUUUUACAGACUGUGUCAACUUUAUCAGGCCUACAUGAGCCGCUGUGCGAAAGCAGUGACUGCAGAUCAAACUUUGAUCAAUAAACAAAUUUUGGAGCUCGACAAUGAAACCACACAAGUAUUAAAUUUGUAUGUAGCGUCUUACAAACAAUAUGCCAAAAUCAAUGAGCAAUUCAAAUGCAUCAACGACAUGAAUAAGCAACUGAAUUCUUGUCAUCUAUUGUUGAACAAGACGCUAGACUCUGUACAGCUGUUAAAUAACAAACUACCUCCAGAUGAACGGUUGGAACCAUUUGUAUGGACGACAGGUUAA